AUGCCAGGCCCCGUCAUUGAAGAAAUUGAGACCGAGAAAAAGCUUCAGAUGGAUGAGCCUGUGGUGGUGGACAUGAAGGACGAUGAGGACCACGAAGAUGACGCCGAGGACUCUGAUGAUGAGGACGAUGACAAGGAAGAUGGUGUUGCAGGGACAAAUGGAAGUUCUAAACAAAGCCGAAGUGAGAAGAAGAGUCGUAAGGCGGUGUUGAAACUUGGAAUGAAACCUGUUACUGGUGUUAGUCGUGUCACCAUUAAGAGAACCAAAAAUGUAUUGUUUUUCAUCUCAAAACCUGAUGUCUUCAAAAGCCCAAAUUCUGAGACCUAUGUCAUAUUUGGGGAGGCUAAGAUAGAGGAUUUGAGCUCUCAGCUACAGACGCAGGCUGCCCAACAAUUCAGGAUGCCAGACAUGAGUUCUAUGAUCGCAAAACCUGAUGCAUCUACUGCAGCUGCUGCCACACAGGCAGACGAGGAAGAGGAAGAGGAAGAGAUUGAUGAGACUGGUGUCGAGGCUCGUGACAUCGAUCUGGUCAUGACCCAAGCAGGGGUGUCGAGGAGUAAGGCCGUCAAGGCUCUCAAGACUCACAAUGGAGACAUAGUCAGUGCCAUCAUGGAGUUGACAACCUGA